CACUACCACUAUAGUUUGUUUAUAAUUUUGUUAGAGAAAUGAGCAACAUUUACAUCCAGGAACCCCCCACAUCCGGAAAGGUCCUUCUGAAGACCACCGUGGGCGACAUAGACAUUGAGCUAUGGGCGCGGGAGUGUCCUAAAGCAUGCCGAAACUUUGUGCAACUGUGCCUGGAAGGCUAUUACAAGAACACCGAGUUCCACCGACUUGUCAAGGGAUUUAUUGUCCAGGGAGGCGAUCCGAAUGGCGACGGCACCGGCGGAGAGUCCAUCUAUGGGCAGCCUUUCAAGGAUGAGUUCCACUCCCGUCUGCGGUACACCCGGCGUGGCCUCGUGGGAAUGGCCAAUUCCGGAAAGGAUGACAACGCCUCGCAGUUCUUCUUCACAUUUGCAGAAACGCCGGAGUUACAAAACAAGAACACUCUGUUCGGCAAGAUCACCGGCGACACCAUCUACAACAUGCUCAAGCUGGAGGAGGGCAUUGUGGACCAUCAGGAGCGACCCCUACACGCCCAUCGCAUUGUUUCCACAGAGGUCCUCAGCAAUCCCUUCGAUGAUAUCGUACCUCGCAUAUUAGCCAAGCCUUCCACCAAGAGCAAAAAGAGCAAGAAGGAACGGCAAGGAGUCAAGAACUUCGGCCUGCUCUCCUUUGGCGAAGAAGCCGAGGGCGAUGAGGAGGAGACCAAUGUUUAUGUUAAACAGAACGCCGGAAAAGCUAAAUCCCUGCAUGACGUCACUGAUGAUCCAAAACUGAGCAAGGAACCCAUUCGUGUGCCCAAAGUAGAAAAGACCGAAAGCGAGGAGCACUUAUCCGACGAUUACAUUGAGGAUAGUGUUAAGGAUAAACAUUCCACUGCCAGCUCAGAUCUCGUCAAAAUGAAACUGUCCAAGAGUGCAAAAAGUCGGCCAGACAAGAAAGUUAAGCCCGUAGAGGAAAAGACUGAUUCGGAGGACGAAGAGGAUGUUCUAAUGACGCGAGAGAAAGAACAAAGUCGGAAGGUCUCAGAGGAAAAAUCAAAGAUCCGUGAAGAAAUUGCCUCACUCAAAAAGCAAUAUCAAAUGGAUAAGCAAAGCAAGGAUAAACUAGUCUCAAAUGGACAGGACAAAGCCGCCAAAUCAUCCGAUAUUAAGGGAGCUGGCGAAAACCAUUACAUCAACGAUUUUAUUGAGUCGAAGGAGAAGUACACGGCAAAAACCAAGCUUCAACCCAAAGGACAGUCAAGGGAGGCGUUUACUUUGAGCUUACUCUCCAAAUUCCGCACCAAACUGGACAACCUAAAGCAAAAGUCAACACCGGAAGAUUGCGAACCAGAACCCAAAGAACUGGACGACCGAUCUGUGGAACAGGAAAUAAUAGGCGACGACUGGCUUUCGCACACCUUGAACUUUAACAGCUCCGCUCCCGUUUUGGCUAAAGAUGCCAAUAAAAAGGGUGACGAUUGGUACGACGCCUACGAUCCACGAAAUCCCCUGAAUAAACGCAAGCGAGGAGAAACUGGUUCUAGCAAAUCAAAGUCCAGUAAACGCGAUUUGUAAAAAAAUAAAGAAAAUAGUUGUUUUAACAAGUCCAAAUUAUGGGAAAUAACGCAUUAAACGCAUUCUAAAUAAAAACA